CACGCUUUCCAUCACCCUACGAAUCGUCCACCCGAUUAGCCGCCGACGCUCCCCGAGCUCGCUGACCGCGCGCUCCCCUUUGCUCAACAUCGUUCCUCAAUUUGAUACCACACAACAAUACCUAUCAUAAAAAUAAUUUGAAUCUCCGGCCAGUUAAGCUGUGAGACCUAGCGUGGCACAGGCUUCAAACCGUAUAUAUACACAGUGGCUGUGUGAGACAGCACCCGAGAGGGUAUCUGUUCAGUUCGAGAUUGGAUCGGCGUGAAAGCUAUUUCUGCUGUCGACAGCUUUGCCAAGGAGUCGCACUUGCUUCGACCUUCUGCGUCUCAUUUCGCCCGGUCACCUUUCUUCAUCAGUAUGUCCACCGCGGUUGCGCCAGUCCAGGCUGCUCCGCUCACCUCGCCGCGCAUGACCCGUGACUUGAGUCCGAAGAAUUGCCCAACACUGGCACCCGCGACUUCGAAUAAUCAGAACAGCACUACGCCGCCUCGGUUGUCUGGACCGUCACGGGAUGGCUCGUUGACUCAAACAUCACCCGCAGGAAGGAAGCCGACCUCCCCAUCGUCGCAAAACGGAAUAAACUCUUCGAAAGUCAUAGUUAAGAAGGAGCCACCCUCGUCGCCCGCAAUGCAGUCCCAUACUCGACCUCGUCCCCGACGAUUGGAUCUCUCCACUAGCCUCCCUACCUCGGGAGGGUUGUCUGCCCGGGCUCCAGGCGGUCCGAUGACUGCCCGAGAUGGCCUCAAUAUGCAGAACGUCGGAAUCGCGUGCUUGUCGCCGGGCUUCCAAACCCACGACCCAGUCAUGAGGGAGCAACUCCAACGGAGUUUGUCAGUCCGUGAUCAGCAGAGAUCCAUCAUCGAAUCGCGUCUACAGAAAUCGGCCAAGGAUGAUGGGCCAGAGGGAAUCAAACCAUCGGACUCGUUUGGUUUGCCCAAGACAGCUGCCUCGAAGCGGAGACCACCGGGAUUGUCCAUCGUACCUCCAUCGGCAGCUCAAUUCGCAAAUGAGCGUGUGAUCCAAUCCGCACCACUGAACCAGACAUUUACAGGCCGCCAUGAGCCACAGCCAUUGACCCGCCAUAUCGUCAACCAGAGUCCUACUCUGGGGUCCACGUCUCAUAUUCACCAUGUUCCUGCCACCCAAACGAACAACCGCCUUCCACCACUCUCGGAUGUGUUUGGAUCGGACGCUCUAGGCGGCCGCGAAAGGGAAAUCAACAGGGGACCUUUCUACCCCGGCGCAUCCGGUGCCAGCUCAUCCCAGUCAAACAACUUACCGCCCAUCCCGUCUCCCAGGAUGUCCCGUGAAUCCGCUCAAAUCCCCAAGCGGCCAAGAGAGUAUCGCUCUGCCGAAGAAGCUGUCCAGGAGAUGUCGGGUGGUCGGGAAGAGCUUCUGCCUCGCAUUGUGCACUACGGCGGCCACCAACCGCCAACUCCACCGUCUCCGCGGAUUGCUAAUGGUCCCCCCAAAUCUGGCGCACCUCACCCGGAGAUUACGCCGGCGACAAAUGUGCAAGCGCAGCCAGCUCUGUAUCAUUUGGAAAGAUCUGCCCGUCGCCGCUCUCGAAAUGAGUACGAGCAUGAGCAUGGCAGUCCUCCACUCGGCCAUGGUCCCGAGCAACUCUAUCGCCCGAACCCAGCUCUGGCUUCUGGCGCAAGUACCAGCCGUGGUCCAUUUGGUGCCGGUAGAGACUCGCCCGAAACCCAGAGAAAGAAGAAGGAAGAGUUUCUCAGUCUUUGCGCCCGAGCAUGGGAUCUAUUCCAUUCUUGAAAGACUAGUGCGUCGUCUCUGCAUCCUAUCACCUGAAGGGUGGCUUCGCCCAGUCGCCAGGGCCACCGGCCUUUAUGAGCCACAUAACAUAGCACGUACUUGUU